CGCCCGCCCGGGUCCAGGACGCGGAGCCGACGCCGAGCCAUGGACGUGAGCCUCGCGCCGCUGCGCGCCUGGGACGACUUCUUCCCCGGCUCCGACCGCUUCGCGCGGCCCGACUUCGCGGACGUCUCCAAAUGGAACAACCGCGUGGUGAAAAACCUGCUCUACUACCAGACCAACUACCUGGUGGUGGCUGCCAUGAUGGUCUCCGUGGUGGGGUUCCUGAGUCCCUUCAAUAUGAUCCUUGGAGGAAUUGUGGUGGUGUUGGUGUUCACAGGGUUUGUGUGGGCAUCCCAUAAUAAGGAUAUUCUCCGUCGGAUGAAGAAGCAGUAUCCCACGGCGUUUGUCAUGGUGGUCAUGCUGGCUAGCUAUUUCCUCAUAUCCAUGUUUGGAGGAGUCAUGGUCUUUGUGUUUGGUAUCACUUUUCCUUUGUUGUUGAUGUUCAUCCACGCGUCACUGAGACUUCGGAACCUCAAGAACAAAGUGGAGAAUAAAAUGGAGGAAAUUGGUUUGAAGAGAACACCAAUGGGAAUUAUCCUUGAUGCCCUAGAACAGCAGGAAGACACCGUUAACAAAAUCACUGACUAUAUCAGUAAAGUGAAGGAAUAAAUACAACUGGCCUGGCAGUAGGAUGGCAGCAGAAAUCAAGUUGCAGUUAACCCUUGUCCAGGCAUACUUUCUAUUUGUGUUUUUGAAAUAGGAGGUGCACGUCCUAGCUAACUACCUACAACGGCAUGCAUGUACAGGUUAAACUCUUAACAUCUCGGAUGUUGUAGAGGGAAAGCCUCCGAUUUGAAACCCCUGUCUAUUGUGUCUGAAAUUUUAAGUGUACUAAUGAAAAUGGAUAGAAAAGAGAUCAGAUGUUUCUCUGGGGGCGGGGAAGAGAAUGAAAUAAUUAUGGAAUGUACAGCAGCAAAAUUGUUAUCUUGAAGGAAAAAAAUAAUCGUAAAUGGUCAAGGCAAUAUGGGUGAACAACAACAAAAAAUCCAACUUAAAGUAGAUAAAGCCAUGCAGUAGCCUGUUGUAAUCCCUCCAGCAUCCUCCUGAAAAAUAAAAUAGGAUAUGAUAUAUUGGGUGUAAAUUAGCUUAGAUUAUAUUGUUUUUCUUUUAAAAUCAGAUUAUCUUUCUCACUCUGCCCACCUGUUUGAUAUGCAGUGGAAACUGGAUAAACUAGUUGUUUAUAUUUUGUUUACGAAAAUAAAGAUAGUUGCUUAGGAGAAUAUUUUGUCAAAUUUUUGUAAAUUUUUGAAAUGCUAGGAAUGUGUUUUCACUAGUAGAUAUUUGUUGCAAACUAAAUGUUAUCUUCUUGAAGGAGGCUCCAACUACGGAACCUGUAUUACUCUUGAGAGUCUUGUUAAAAAAGCAAAUAAAAUGAAACAAGUUCUGCUUAAAUUGCACAUUUUUUGUUGUUAUUAUGACAAAAGGUGUCUAAAAGAAUGUUUUCUAUAUUUUUUCAUUGUUUAGUGUUUAACUGGAACAUUUAGAAAUAAGGGGAUGAAUGAACAUUUUAUUAGGUGCUCAGAUGCAUAUAAAGGACAAGUAUUGCUGAUCUCUUAAAGUCCAGAAAGCAUCUUUAGAUAACAAAGAAAAAAAAGCACAACCUUUUAAAAUGUGAAUGAAAUGGGAAUGAUGCCCAGCUUUUGCAGCUCAUAAAAAUUUUAUGAUGACCAUAAACAUUGUAGAUAGCAAUUGCUACAACCAUGUUUCUGCAAAUAGACACUAGAAUUAAGAUAGCAUGAGUUUGUAUAUUCUGUUGCUGUCUUCCUUUUAUUUCCCACAUAUUUAGAAAUAGAUCUUUCGCUUGCCUGUUGAGUGAUUUCAUAAAUGAAUAGAAAACAAUUAGGUUUGCUUCACAUUUCAGUCAUGAAGACCACUGGAGCAGUAUUUACUUACGACUCCCUUGUAUGUGUUAGAGUAAGAAGCAACGGUAUGUUCACUGCUCCUGACUUUUUCUGCGUUUUAUGUUCUUGACCAGUCUGCACAGAUUUCAUUUAUAGCACAAUGGUGUCACUAUGCUUUCAAAGACAUAGGUCUAGAAUUUGUACCCUUGCCCAAUCGUAAAAAAUAAAAUUAUCAAUGAUG